AAUACACAUAUUGUGACUAUUUGUUCUUGUGAGAAAAAAUUACUGACUUUGUUUUUUGAACGCAAAACACCUAUAGCCUACUGGAGCCAACCGCUAUGGCGCUAGUGAACAACCAGGAACAACAAGACCAGGAAAUGAGCUUCAAAAACGAAGUCUGGUUUUGGCCGCUUGGGUCAGUUCACUGGGACCACUGCUUUUGACCAUCCGUGCCAGAUCAAGAUCGAGGCGAGUCCGCCGUCCGCAAAUAUGACGUUCCGGAAGGCUGUUGCUGAAGGCUAGUUUUCUACAGUCUAUGGUUGCUGUCUGUCCUUACGAUGACCGGAUUGUGACAACGCAUUGAGGGACUGCGAUGCUAUUCGAGCGGAGUAUUAGCACCUGCGGUAGUACAGAACUGCUAAUUGUUUACUAUUGACUGUCGAAUUUGCAAAGAGAAUAGCAACCAUUCGACUUUUAGGAAUAUUGCGGGCUUGUUGUGCUUCACUGAAAAUGGAGGGUUUUCUACGGAGCAGUAGCGCUGCCCUUAAGCGCGGCUCAGAGGAGCACUCUGGGUUCCACGUCGUCCUGGGAAAUGAGGCCUGCGAUGUGGACUCCAUGGUCUCCGCCCUCUCGUUUGCAUACUUCCUGUUUAAGACGUCAGGCUCCUCUGGGAGGACGCCGGUUCCGGUCCUAAACAUCCCACGGGCCAACUUCCCGCUGCGGACGGACUCCGUCUUCCUGCUCCGGGAGAGUGGGUUGUCCCAGGAGAACCUGGUGUUCCGGGACGAGGUUGACCUGCCAGGGCUGCACCGCGUGGGCCGGCUGGCGCUCACCCUGGUAGACCACAAUGUGCUGCCCAGUACUGACAGUGACCUAGAGGGGGCAGUGGUGGAAGUAAUCGACCACCACCGGCUGGAGAGAGCGCCGUCCCCCUCUUGCCCCGUAACCGUGGAGACCGUGGGCUCCUGCGCCACCUUGGUCGCUGAGCGCAUCGUCCAGAAGGCUCCGGAAGUUCUGGACCGACAGGUGGCGCAGCUUUUAUACGGCUCCAUCAUCCUGGACUGUGUGAACAUGGCGCCCGAGGCGGGGAAGGUCACGCCCAAGGACAGGCAGUACGCCCACGCGCUGGAGUCCCGCUACCCCGACCUCCCGCCCCGGACCCCCCUCUUCCAGUCCCUGCAGAACGCCAAGUUUGACGUCUCGGGCCUCACAACAGAGCAGAUGCUGCUGAAGGACAUGAAGGCAGUGUCUGGAGGAGAUCUGAGGGUGGCCAUCAGCGUGGUGUACAUGAACCUGGAUGCUUUUCUCCAGAGACGCUUUCUACAGCAGGAGCUCUGUGAAUUCUGCCACAAGCACUGCUUUGACCUGCUGGUCGCCAUGACAAUCUCCUUCAACGAGAACAGCGAGCCUUUCCGCCAGGUGGCUGUCUACAGCUCCAGCACCCUCUACAGGGAGGAGGUCAGUCGAGCGUUGGAGCGUGCCCAGAACCCCUGUCUGAGCCUGUUGCCCAUGAGCAGCCCAUACGCAGACGUCAAAGCCUACCUGCAGGGGAACACACUGGCCUCGCGCAAGAAGCUCCUCCCCAUCAUCAUGGACUUCCUGUGCGACUGGGAGCAGCGGUCAACUCGGCGCGCAGGGAGCGGGGACAGCGAGGUCCUGGAGGAGGAAGAGGAGGUGGAGGAAGAGGAGCCGGACGAUGGCCAUGACUCCUCGCGCUCAUCCGGCGUGGACGAGGACGCCCGGACGCCGCCACGGUACUCCGCGUCGCGGCGGCGGGGGGCGGGCGGAGUCGCAGAGGAAGAGGAGGAGGAAUGCGGCCUGGUCCCGCCCACGCCCAUGAACAGCCUGGUGGAGGGCUGCCCCCUGGACAACGGCAUGGCCCCCAUCAGCCACCAGGCCCUGCUGGAGAAGUUCCGCAAGAUGGCCGCAGCCUCCGAGGAGGUGGCUGGGGAGGAAGGGACGUCUGAAGCGCUCUGAUCCCCGCCAGCCAAGCCCUACAGGCACGCUCCUUUUUUUUCAGCGGAUGCUGUGAAGCACGUCAUCUGUGUCAGGGUUUCCUGGGUUAGACCCCCGGGAGCCGAGCUGCCUGGUAAGGACACAACCUUGAGGAAACUGCUGAGCCGUAAUGGCGUCAGGAACAACUUUCUCGUUUUACAAGGACAGCCGGAGGGAAUGUGGCCAUUUUGGCUCCUUCGUGAACAUUGAACACCCAUGUAACUGAUUAACAGUGCAGUGAUUUCUCAUAUUUUUUGUUUCCUUAAAUUAAUUUUUCUCCAGCCCGGAGUCGAAUGGGCCCUUUAAGAUGCCUGGGCUCGCAUUUGUCUUUUUAGGGAGAGGUGGGAAUAAGACAAAGGGGAAGGGGAAUGUGAUGCUGUUCUGCCCUGUGUGAGCCUGCUGUACGCCUGCCCUGAGUGAAAACUGAGUUCAUGGCAAUCAACAACUGGGAUUGGUAGGGUCAGUUUUGAUUGGCCAAACCCAUAGGCCACUCCCCUAAAGCACAAAAAAAAACGUUGUUGGUCACUCUGGAAACUGAUCUAAUUUUCAGGUACGAUGAGACUGGAAUCUGGCAGCUUUUGCGCAUUGGUGACACGGCAACUUGUACUGACACACAGUACAGACCUUGUGCGCAACGAAAUGCAAAUCACCUCAUAGUGAAUAAUGUCAUUGUUAUUUUGUAGUGUUUUGGCUGACAACCUUGCCCAGGGAGACGUUUGCUUUGUUAUAAACUGGCAUAGCAUGGGUUUUAUUAAUACAUUGUGAAAAUAUUUCUGAAAAAUAUAAUUUAUAUAAUUCGUACUGAAUGUCCCUUCUACUCUGAUGUCAACAUACUAGAAUACAUGGUUCUUCAGAUUAAGACCAGAGACUCAUGUCCCCUACAGGGGACAACAAUGUGUUUCCUGGUCUAAGUGGGUUAUUACAGUACAGGACGUCCGUUGGUACUGCGUUGUUUUUCAGAAUUAAGGAUGUAGUUUCAUUGACGGAGGCAAAAACCAGUCAAGGUUGAUCCUUUCACUGUAACCAACAGAGUUCUAGAACUCUUAUGUCAAAGGGUUAAUUUUAAAAAAUUCUGCCCCAGCAGUAGAACGUUCAGUUAAGAACAUUCUAAAUGCAUAUUUGUGAUCUGACUGCCUUUAAAGGGUUAAUAACACUGAGCUCAGCAUCUGACGAGGCUACAGGAUCUGUGCUGGUAACUGCACACCUUUAACCCCCAACGGCAGCUGGUCAACACUGCGACGUACCUGUUUCCAGGGAUACCAGCACUGCCCUCCGUCCUGUGAUGGAAGUGAUGCGGCCAAAAUUUAUUAUGUUUGCUGUGGAAGCAGUUAUUAAAUAUGUUCUUUUCAUUGUUGUAAUCACACCGUUUCAUGUUUUUACUUUGUGAUUGUUAAAGCUGUUGUGUCUGUCAUGCUGUUGCAUGUUCACAUAUCAUAUUUGCAAAGCCUGGCAAAAGUAGCUUUCAUGGGAAUAAUUAUGUUUUUUUUGUUUUUUUUUUGCAUAUCUCAGGUUGGGUGGUCAGCAUCACUACUGUUUAUUUCAAAUUAAAUAUUUCAGCAUGCUGCCCAUUUUAUUACAUCGUAGUCCAAUCUCUAAAUAAGGUCAUGUAAUUAGAUAUGAACUUAUACAAAUACCAUUGUCUUCUUGUUAUACCCAAAUUGCAAACAGUCAAACAACUGCAGUUGAGUUGUAACAUGAUUUAGUACCUGGAUAGUUUUAUGAAAUUAACACUCAAAUUAAAAAAAUUAUAAGAAGAAUAAGAAUAGCCACCUGAUAGGGUGUGGAAGACAAUGACCGUUGUUUUUUUUAGCCUGCAUGAAAGGUUGUUGUUUAAAUUUCAUAUUGAGUUAAAAAGAGACUUCUUAUGGUGUGAGUUUUAAUUUUACUGCUGUAAAAUGGAAUUAAUUUCCUUCACCCUUGGACUCAACCUGUGAACUCAACUGAAUAUAAUGACCCUGUUAUUUCCCUGAUAUUUCGUGAGUAGAUUAUAAAUGAGCAGUUAUAUCUCUCCUUGAGGGGGGAAAAAAAACAGUUUUGGGGUGCAGUUUAAUCUUUACUCAAAGCAGAAACUCCUCAGACAUCAGUGCAUUUAAGACAGAUGUUUUCACCUCAUACAUUUCAGUUUUAUCACUGUUUUGGAAUGAGAAAUGUUUAUGUUCGCUGAGGAGCACACCACCUGUAUGCCUGUUUUUCAAGGAUCUCCAUGUUCAGCUGAGGUUGUAUUAGAACACCUUGUGUAAAUAGCAGAUCUGUUUAAUAAUUUUGAAUAUUAGUAAAUAUGCACUUGAGGCUUAGAUGAAAAUACAAUAUUGUAAUAUGGUUUAUUUUUUUAUUUACAUUUUAUUUUAUUGAGGAUAAAUCUAGUUUAAUUACCUGGUACGGAUUUGCAGUGUACAGUUUAAUGUGCCUAAUUUGUAACUAAAGGACAUAUUAGCAUGUUAUGGUAAUUGUCCCAACUGUCCCCCCCAAAAAAAUGUGUGUUCUUUGAUCACUCUUCAGUGUCGAAUACUGCAGUUUACUUCAGUGCAACUUCAAAGACUUUUAACUAAUGUACGUGGGUGUAUCGUUUUGAUGUAUCGCUAACCAAAUAUUUAUGCGUGCCAAAAAUCAUCAUGCCAGUGUACACGUCUUCCAAAUACGAUUAUACUUGUCUGUCGCUUGCUAAUUCCUUCUGUCUGUCUUAAAUAGUUCCUUUGUCAGUCUGGCUCUAUUACUGUUUAUCGGCGUUACUUUUAUCUGUGCUCACGGGGACCGUUGCUGCGACGCGCUAUGCUAGUUCGGAGAUCGCGCUCGGCCCUUUUAUUCAGGGUUGCCAGAUUUCGGAAGCCGUCUUCCCAACAUUAAAAUUUUUUUUUUUUUUAAACUGGAGGUUUGUAUCAUAAGAAAAAUGUGAAGGAGUAUGUGGAUGACUAGGAGACUUUUUGAUUAGCAUGUUUAAGGACAGCUAAUCUGGCAACCUUGUUCGCGUGACCGAAUUCAAGGCCGACAGCAUGUAGCAAACAUUGGAGGACUGGAGGCGCCUGGCUUCAAGCGUUUUGUAAGCACGGUUAAAGUGUGGAGUUGUCCUGGCUUGAAUAUCCUUUCUAUACAGUGCCGCAUUGUGCCCACUCACUAUAGCCAUUCUUUUUGGUGGAUAAAUGACGUAACCAGCAUUCCCCCCGUGAAAUGCUGUAAGAUUUAUAAACAGGGUAGCUGGAACUGCGGUGGAGUUUUUGGGUUACGUGGCCCAGGACAAUCAAGAUGAAACUGUUCUUAUUUGUACGGAUAAAGUCACUGUUUGCCACUGUUGGUUCCUGUAUGUGGGAAUGCAAGACCAAUAAAAUGUUGAGAAGCACAGUUCUAUAAGAAUUUUA